GCGGGCGGCGGGCAAGGGCAGCGGGAUGCGGCUGUCGGUGGCGGCCGCCAUCUCGCAUGGCCGCGUCUAUCGGCGGCUCGGGUCCGGCCCGAAGGGGCGCCUGGACCUGCUGCGGAACCUGGUGACGGCGCUGGUGCGCCAUGAGCGCAUCGAGACGUUUUGGGCGCGGGCCGACGAGAUGCGCGGCUACGCCGAGCGGCUCAUCGACUACGCCAAGCGGGGGGACACGGACGAGCGCGCCAUGCGCAUGGCGAAUUUCUGGCUGACGGAGAAGGACCUCAUCCACAAGCUGUUCAAGGUGCUGGCGCCGCGGUUCCAGCCGCACCCCGGGAGCUACACGCGCAUGCUGCAGAUCCCCAACCGGGACGCGCUGGACCGCGCGAAGAUGGCGGUGAUCGAGCUGAAGGGGAACCCGCUGCCGCCGCUCGUCCGCCCGCGCCGCGACUCCGAGAAGACGCUGCUCAACCAGCUGCUCAAGGGCUACCGGGAGGACCUGCACAGGGCGGCGGCCCCGCCGGGCACCCCUGUCUAGGGGUCCCCCCCGUGCCCCGAGGGGCUGUCCUGGAGCACGGGAAUGGAAGGUGUGUGUCGGGAGGGCUGGAGGUCGGUCGCUAACCUGAGGUUGCCACGGGAAGCGCGCACAGUUUACUUGCUUCUUCCCGUGGUUUGGAUAGAGACUCGGCAAGAGGAGGAAAUCAAGCUAGGAGCCCUGGUGGUUGAUGUUCUCUGUGUAAAUAAACUUUGUUCAGAAAGUUCA